AUGCCUUUGAACCCCACAGCCUUGUUUCCCUCUGCUGACGGUCCGGAGUUCUCGCACUACCCGUCUCGACGAUCUGUGGUACACAGCACCCGCGGUAUUGUGACCUGCACACAGCCAUUGGCAGCACAAUGUGGUAUCGAGAUCUUGCAGAAGGGCGGCAACUGCGCAGAUGCCGCCGUUGCAGUUGCUGCCGGACUGAAUAUGACAGAACCAAGUAGCACGGGCAUUGGAGGCGACAUGUUCUGUCUGUUCUACGAAGCCAAAACAAAGAAGAUCCACUCUUUGAACGGGUCCGGUCGCUCUGGUGCGAAAUGUAGUCUAGAACAGAUCCGUAAUGACCUCGGUCUCAAAGAAGGCGAGUCUGGCAAGAUCUUCAUGAAGAGUGUUCAUGCAGUGUCAGUCCCAGGCGCAGCGGCCGGAUGGGUAGAUGCUGUGGAGAAGUUCGGAAGUGGAAAAGUGUCAUUGGCAGAGGUUCUUGCACCGGCCAUUCGUCUUGGAGAAGAAGGAUUUCCCGUCAGCGAGUUGACGGCUCUCUGGUGGAAACAAUCCGAGGAAUUGCUAAAAGCGGCGUCGCCAAACGCCGCCGAGAUACUAAAGAAGGAUCCCAAUGCAAAGGAUGGAUGUCGCGCACCUCGGGUUGGCGAAAUCAUGAAGAAUCCGGACAUGUCCAAUACAUUUCGCCUCCUUGGCCAAAAAGGCAAGGCUGGCUUCUACCAGGGGUCUGUGGCCGAAGCAUUAGUAAAAGUCGUGCAAGAUCUAGGAGGACAUAUUACAUUGGAAGAUCUUCAGCAUCAUAUGGAUCUCGGAUCGGAGGACACGGAGGCAAUAAAGCUCAACUUCCGCGGACAAGCCACACACAAGAGUCAUGGGCAGCAUCUCGACGACCCCAGCGAGGACGGUGUCAACCUGUGGGAGCAUCCGCCCAAUGGACAAGGAGUUGUAGCAUUAAUGGCUUUGGGGAUCAUUGAGCAGCUGGAGAUCGCUGGCAAGAUUCCUCAGUUUGAGCGCAAGGACCACAACAGUGCUGCAUAUCUGCACGUGGUCGUCGAGGCAUUGCGACUUGCUUUUGCCGAUGCCAACUGGUGGGUGGCAGACCCCAAACACGCCAAGGUUCCAACUGCUGGAUUGAUCACUCCUGAGUACCUAUCCGAAAGAGCGAAAUUGUUCGAUUCCGAGAAGGCAAGUCAAGCAGAGACUCAGGGUUCGCCUGCGCACAACCAUUCCGACACGGUCUACUUUGCGUGUUCCGACAGCGAGGGCAACGGCAUUUCCUUCAUCAACAGCAAUUACGGCGGAUUUGGCACUGGAAUCGUGCCAAAGGGCUGCGGCUUCACGCUGCAGAACCGCGCUGCUAAUUUUGCGUUGCAGCCAGCUGAUCAUCCAAAUGUAAUGGCUCCGAGCAAGAGACCUUAUCACACGAUUAUUCCAGCCAUUGUGACAAAUGCCCGGGACGGCUCCCUGCAUAGCGUUUACGGGGUCAUGGGUGGUUUUAUGCAGCCACAGGGUCACGUUCAGGUGCUGUUGAAUCAGCUCCUAUUUGGUCUGUCUCCACAGGCAGCGCUGGAUGCUCCACGAUUUUGCAUUGGUGCAGGCAUGCCGGAUGCGGGCGACCCAAUGGCACGAGUUGUGUACGUUGAGGAGGGUAUCUCGGAGGAAGCGGUUGAAGGCUUACGACGCCUAGGCCACAACGCUCAGAUAAUCAAGGGUCACGCUCGAGGCUUGUUUGGACGCGGACAGAUCAUUCGCUGGCAUGUCGACCCUGUAGAAAAGCAAGGAGUGUGGAGCGCUGGAAGCGAUCCUAGGGGUGAUGGACACGCGGUGCCCUACUAG